AUGGCUGCAAACAACUUGGACUCAUUCAAGAUAUAUCUAAAGGCAUACAGUGACGCUGAGUACGACAAGGUCGGGUCCUACUACCACGAAGACGUGUCGAUUCUACUUCCGGACAAGCAAUUUGUCAGCGGGCGGAUUAACUUCCUGGAACACUUACGCCGCACGCAUACCCUUUUCACAAAAACCUUGAGUAUCCGAACGAUCAAACUGCAGGGGGACAGAUCGUUUGUCGUCAUGGAUGCAUUAUUUGAGGCAAAACAGGACGCUCCGCCUGACGCCGUCGGCGGCAAGUCGUUUCAAAAGGGCUCCAUUGUCCGUUAUGGUCCAAAUCGGUAUAGCAUCAACAACGCGGAGUCGUCAAAAACAAUCUACGGCCACGCGACGCAGUUCCGCAAGUCAGACUGGUAUUCCGCAUCGACACCUGACAAUAGGCUGGUGAACAUCUUUGCGGAGCAAGAUAUCAAGCGCCACGCCGAUUCCAGGCGGUUCUAUUCUAGCCCUUACUCGAUGACUUCCCUCGUCCAUUACGAGCCUUACUUGGACGAAUGCGGGGCUCUCUUCUGCCAGCGACUGGGCGAGUUUUCGAGAGCAGGAAUCUCAGCUGACUUCGGUCACUGGUUUCAGUGCUUUGCAUUUGAUGCUAUCGCCAUGAUGACUUACGGGAGACGUCUCGGGUUUCUGGAUCAGGGAGAAGAUGUCUCCAACGUGAUGGAGAAUAUCAACAUGACCCUAAUAUACUCUAGCGUGGUUGGCAUUUUCCCCUCCUGGCAUAAGUAUGCAAUGUCGAUCUUAAGUGCUUUCGACCGUUUCUUUGGCGAUGGUACGGCCCUGUUUGUGCCGAAAUUCACCCAGAAGAUAAUUGACGACGAACGAGCAUCCCCGAAAUUGGUUGUUGAUGUACAGGGCCAAGAAGAUGGGGUGGCUGCCAAAGAAAGUUUCCUCACCAAAUUCAUGGCUAAGCAUUCCAGCGAUCCCAAGUUUACCAACGACUAUGUCCUCGCGGGCUGUGCAGCCAACAUGUUUGCGGGGUCCGAUACCACAGGCCUCAGCCUAUCAGCUAUCCUUUACAACUUGCUGAAAAGCCAAGACAGUAUGGGGAAGCUACGUCAGGAAAUUGACGAGUUCACGAGCCGUGGUGAGCUUUCGGAAGCACCUACAUUCAAGGAAAGCCAGCAAAUGCCGUACCUCCAAGCGGUUAUUAAAGAGGCUUUACGCGUUCAUCCGGCCGUUGGAAUACCACUAGAACGAGUCGUGCCUGAAGGUGGCGCCACGAUUGAGGGAAGGUUCUUUCCCGAAGGGUCGGUCGUCGGCAUCAACAGCUGGGUCCAGCACCGUGAUAGGAGCUUGUUUGGAGAUGACGCUGACCGCUUCCGACCGGAUCGUUGGUUGGUCAAUGACGAGGCCAAACUUUCCGUCAUGAACAGAAAUUGGACGCCGUUUGGCUUGGGGUCACGGACCUGCUUGGGCAAGAAUAUUUCCGUCCUCGAAAUUUCGAAGCUUAUCCCCAGGAUUGUUCGCGAUUUCGAUUUCAAGCUCGAGGGCACGGCUGCCGCGCCUGGCGGAUCUUGGGAAACCUGUAAUGUUUUCUUUGUGAAGCCCAAGAAUUUUUAUGUCAAGGUUCAACCUAGAAAGACUAUCUGA